CACGUCCACCGGAAGCUCGGUUACAACCAUAAGCAGCUUUUGGCUGCUUGGGGACGGUCGGCAAGCCUUGCUACCAAACGUACCCCCUUCGGAAUACCUUAACGCUGUGAAAGAACACCGGCCGGCGGACAAGAACUGUAAGUUGGCCCGUGUGACUAAACUUCGGCGAAUCCAUGGAUUUCGAUCAGGCUGCUGCAAUAGCGAACUCCGUCGACCUUUCGAACCUGCCGGGAGACACGGAUUCAACACUCGACAUGGGCACACCCCCACGUUUACUCAU